AGGACGAAGACGAAGCGGUGUCAGAGCCUGAGGAGCUGCGGCCCCGCCCGGAGCCCGCAGAGCGCCCGGGAUGCCGCCAGCCGUGGCCGGGGGUGGCUCGGGCUUGGCGGUGGCGGGCCCCCGCUCGUUGAGCCCCGCCGCCCUGUCCCGCAGCCUAUCCCGCCUGCGCGAGUACCGGACCCGCUCCCGGAUCAUGCUGGCUCUCGGGGUCACGCAGAUGGUGCUCGGAUGCCUCAUCGUGGCAGUCAGCUUCGCGGCGCUGGCCCUGACCACCUCAGCUAGGGUCCGGCACUCCUGCCCCUUCUGGGCUGGUUUCUCGGUGCUCUUAUCUGGACUUAUUGGUGUUGUUUCUUGGAAAAGGCCCUUAUCACUUGUGAUAACUUUUUUCAUGUUGCUGUCAGCAGUGUGUGUAAUGCUGAAUUUGGCUGGUUCUAUUCUCUCCUGUCAGAAUGCUCAGCUAGUCAACUCCCUAGAAGGCUGUCAGUUGAUAAAAUUUGACAGUGUUGAAGUAUGUGUUUGCUGUGAAAUGCAACAUCAAUCAUCAGGCUGCAGCAAUCUUGGUGAAACCCUAAAACUGAACCCACUUCAGGAGGACUGUAAUGCUGUGAGACUGACUUUAAAGGACCUCUUAUUCAGUGUGUGUGCUCUCAACAUCAUUUCUACCAUUGUUUGUGCUUUAGCUACAGCUAUGUGCUGUAUGCAGAUGGUUUCUUCUGAUGUGUUACAAAUGUUUCUUCCACAGAGAUCACAUUCCACAAACCCAGACUGUAUGACUCCCCAUGGAACCAUUCUCCACCAGACCUUGGAUUUUGAUGAAUUUAUACCUCCAAUACCUCCCCCACCCUAUUAUCCACCAGAGUAUACCUGUACACCCAUGAUAGAAGCUCAAAGGGGACUUCACUUGGAAUUUCCUCAUUCUCCAUUCAGUACUUUGUAUGAAGUUGCAAUCAACAGUCCUGGGAUGCUGUAUCCUACAGAACUCCCUCCUCCAUAUGAAGCAGUGAUUGGACAGACACCUGCAAGCCAGGUUACCAGUCUAGACCAGCAAGUAACUGAAUCUAGCUUAGGGGAUCAAAAUACAACUGCUGGUUUCAGUACACAAGUUUCUGUGGAUAGUACUUCUCUUUUGGUGUCUGAAGUUGCUGACAUUCCAGAUCAUAGCUACUCCUCUGAGGACCUUUGUUCUUUGGAAGUUCAAAGCUCUCUCCGUUCUGCAGACUUUUCUCCAUACAGUACAAUCCUUAAAGCGGCCACGGACAGUAGCUGUACCAGCUUGGAUCGCAGUGUGCGCUGCAGAUUCCACAGGACUCACUCACCAUGUUCCCCCAUGGAAGCUAGAGGCUGCCAGCAUAGAGCCUCUCUAAACAGAUCUCACAUCCAGGACUAUGAGAGUUCUCCUCAGAGAUCGCCAGACUGUUCUUCUGAGAAUUGUAGCUUCUCAGAGUCCCAGGACUCUGUCCGGGAGAAUCAAUCACAGCCACACUUAAAACAAAUGAAAAUGUGUUGUGGGAGCUUUAGCCAGUCUUCUGCAAGUCAUUCCCAGCCCUCUCUCUGUUCAGUUCCUGCAAAUACUUCAUUACAUUGUGGUUGCCCAGAGAGAACUGUCCUGGCAAAACGUGUAAGGAAAAAACGAAUUUCAAAUAUUGUCCGAUCUACCAGUGAUCCUAUUUCAUGUUCAUCCAGCACAGAAGGAGAUACCUCUUCCUACACACCUCUAUAUAGCCAGCAUCGUGAAGCAGGAAUAUCUCAGUCGGAUUUAGAGACAGUUUCCAUUUCUAGCUCUCACAUGGCUGCUUCUGCUUAUCAGGACCAUUUUUUGCCAGCUGGAAAACAAAGACAUACCAGAAAAGUUGACCAACAUUUAAAGCCAAAGGUCUUACGGACCGUCUCAAAAGAGCAGCCACCCUCUUUAGUGGACCUUAAGGCCUAUAAAGAUACAAAAAUUUUGGUGGCUAAAUUUUUGGAACAUUCAAACUGUAAUCUCCCUCCAGAAGUACAGCAUGUGGUGAACACUAUCCGGUCAGUCAUCAAAUCUGAUGAACGACACAUGGAAGAAGCCAUCUUCAGUGCCAACAUUAUAGAACAGGUCAUUGCCAGUUCUCAGCAGAAUGUGACUCUCUCUAGAAAACAGUUUCAAGAAGACCUCCAUCUGCAAAGCUGCGGUGCCCUGAGCUCUCCGGUUGCUUUCUUGCAUAGAGUACGCCUCCCUCUCAGACUAGAAGGAAACAGCCCCCAGGGUUUUGUUGAAGCUUGCCGGGAGACCAUAAUUUGAUAUUGAACUAGAUGUACCUAGGAAAGAUCAAAAAACUGAAUUUUGCCCUCCCAGACCUGAAUGACCACCUCAGAGAAGAGCACUUUGGUGGGGGGCGGCAGCAAAAGCAUCAUCCAAUAAGAUUAUAUUUCUUCUUCAUCUGAAAGAGGAUAAUGCACAGAUUUUAUUGAAUGCCCAAAUUAAAUGUAUGUUAUCAUGUAACAAAAGGCAUUUUCCAAAUGGAUUAUUUUUUUGCUCAGAUGUGCUUGUUUAAAUGUUGCUGUGAGGUAAUUUCCAGGAACCCCCCCCCCCCCAGCCACAAGAGAUCUGUUUGUACAACUUGAAAGUUGUAUGUAUUUAAUGUACCUCGCAGUGUUUUAACAAUGAUCAGUGUUUAAUAAAAAGUAUUUCUGACUCUUGCUUCUCCAAGGAUUGAUUGGAGUGGACUCAGAAGAAGAUAAUACACUUGUUAUUACAGAGGCUCUGAAUAGCAACACAUUUUCAGAUUUCUGUGUAUGUUUAGCAUGUCAGACUUACACAUGAGCCUGACAAAACUUGAGAACUGAAAAGUGUAUAUUGUCAUAGCUUUUCUCAAAAUUUCCCUAAAAUAUACUUAAGAGUUUCAGAAAUAACAGUACUGAAGUGAAAGAUAACUGGGUAACUGGGCAAGCCCAAAAGGUGCUAUCCAAAAACUAUGUCAAGGCAUUUUUCCAUAAAGCUGUCAUAUCUCCAAACUGUGCAUGUGACUUUAAUGUUUUUGCAGGCUUCCCUACUACAAAUUCAGGACUGUAGCUCAGAAUUAUCCUUUAAUUGGGACUUUUUUUUUCAAAUUAGGAUUACUUGAUGAGACCAUGGUUUGUAGUGCAUAAGCAUUUACUUUAUUUUUCCUAAUGUGGUACUUAGUGAAAAAAAAAAGUACUGCUAAGGGGAAAUCAUAAGAGUGUCAUCCUGCAAAAAUCAAGUGUUGUAGUUCAUUGGUAUGAAAAGCACAAUCAAAGUAGGCUUCAGACCUUAUCUGGUCACUGAAUCACAGCAAACUGGCCAGGCCUGAGACUCAAGGAUUUCCUAUGGACACUUGCAGAGCCACAAGAUGUCUGUGGUCCUGAUGGAGCAGUGGACCACAAGGGCAGUGUUCUCUACAAAGUAGAGAAUUUUAAUGGAACUACCCUUCUGGCUUUUCUAAUUUAAUCCCAGGUAAAUUUAUACUCAGGUUACUUUUAUGACAUCAUAAUUAAUAAAAAGGCCUUUCUGGGGAAACAACAUGCAAAAUAUAAAUUAACCCUUCUCCUAGAUUGGCAAUGGUCUAGCGUUUUUCACUUCCUAGUUAUGCCCCCCCAAAAACUAUAACAUUCCCAAUUCAUCUGAGUGGUUUUAAUUAGAGAAAGAAAUCUUGCCAAAUUUUCAAAUUGAAUUUCCCAUUUUAAAGAUGAAAAUUAUAUUUUGAGUCUGUUAAUGUAGACUCCUUGGAGGAGGGAGGGAACACUUGCCACAGAACUGGCAGUUGAUGCUUAUUUGGAAAGCUGCUCUUUCUAGGCUGGUGAUUACAUAGUGUGUAGUUUAAACAUGAUUUAAUUAUUUCUUUUGCUACAACCCAGGACCAACCAGGUAAACAAAAGUCUUGUCCUCAUCAGCCCUUCUAUCUCCCUCUCCCCAAAAACAAAACAAAAAAUUUAUACUAUAAUUCUGCAUUGUUGGUAAUGUAUGACUUACCAAUGGCAUAAUACUCAAUUUAACUCUUGUUUACAGAAGAUAACUGUACCUCCAGGAUUGUGACCUUGAAGAAAUGGAUCUUUCUGAAUGAUGGAAGUACUGCAUAAGUCACAUGAGUAUGUUCUGAGAGCCAAAGAAUUUCAGAAAGCAAACAUUUGUUUAGCACUUUACAGUUUUACAAUGCUCUCACACGUCUCUCAUUAGGUCCUAACAACAAAGCUGUGAGGCAUCAGACCUGGAGUUCAAAUUUCACUGCUGCUACUUUGCUCCGUUUAUAACUUUGGGGCACUCACUUAACUUCUUCUGGACCUCUGUCCCCUCACUUAUAAAAUAAGGUACAGACCUAGAUUCUAUCUAAUAUUCCCUUCUGCUUGAGUCCAUUAUCCUGUGGCUUGCCCUGAUGUUAUUGUCAUUUCAGUUGUAUCCGACUCUUUGUGAACCUAUUCGGGAUUUUCU